UUUCUCUCCUUUUAUGUUUCUCUUUCAGAAUUAACACUGAAUCUUCAAAAGGAACAACGAAACACUCUUACAAAACCUAUGAAUCAGUUUGAACAUUGUUACUAUCUGCCUUCACUGGAACCUAAUGGAAUUUGUGGCAGAGAAUUGGAAGUUCUCGAUUCUCUAUCUUGGAUUUAUUUAUUCAAUCAUAUUCCUCCUCCAUUCUCUCAUUUCCCAUAAAUUACUUCUGGGAUAUCAAGCUGUUCAAAUCAAGAACAACCCGGAUCUUCCUCUCCGCUUCCGUUCUGAUGGUACCUUCAAGAUUCUCCAGGUCGCUGAUAUGCAUUUUGCCAAUGGAGUUAACACGCGGUGUCGAGAUGUGUUGGAUAUCGAAUUUGAACAUUGCUCGGAUCUUAACACGACUCGGUUUUUGAAGAGAAUGAUCGAGGCGGAAAAUCCUGAUUUCGUUGCUUUUACAGGUGACAACAUAUUUGGGCCAAGCACUGCUGAUGCUGCUGAAUCCUUGUUUAAAGCUUUCCGUCCCGUUAUUGAAUAUCAAGUUCCAUGGGCAGCAAUUUUGGGAAACCACGAUCAAGAGUCUACUAUGACUCGAGAAGAGUUAAUGUCACUCAUUUCCCUCAUGGAUUAUUCAGUAUCUCAAACCAAUCCUUCAAAUGCAAAUCAGAUGAUACGGAACAUUGACGGAUUUGGGAAUUAUGAUAUUAAUGUCUAUGGUGCUCCGGGUUCACAUUUGGCAAAUUCCAGCAUCCUUAAUCUUUACUUUCUCGACAGUGGAGACAGAGCUGUAGUGCAAGGAGCCCGAACAUAUGGAUGGAUUAAGGAAUCACAGCUUAAGUGGCUUAGAGAUGUUUCUCAAAGAUAUCAGGGUACAAAUCAGGAACAUUUUCCCUCAAUGGAUACUUUGGCCCAAGGGAAGCCUCUAGCACUGACAUUUUUCCAUAUACCUAUCCCAGAAAUUCGGAAUCUUUAUUAUAAAAAGAUCGUCGGCCAAUUUCAGGAAGGUGUGGCAUGUUCUUCAGUGAACUCGGGAGUUCUACAGAACUUAGUUUCCAUGGGAGAUGUCAAAGCUGUAUUCAUCGGUCAUGACCAUACCAAUGAUUUCUGUGGUAAUCUUGAUGGUAUAUGGUUUUGUUAUGGUGGAGGAUUCGGAUAUCAUGGUUACGGGAGGCCUGGAUGGUCAAGGAGAGGCCGCAUUAUUGUAGCAGAACUUGGAAAGGACAAGAAGAGUUGGAUGGGAGUCGAGAGGAUUAGGACAUGGAAACGAGUAGAUGACGAAAAGCUGACCAAGAUCGACGAACAGAUUCUGUGGGAACACAAUCAACAACCUCAGUAACUCUCGUUUGAAAUGCGCAGCAUCACAAACAUCAAACCAACCAUGUUUGUACCAUAAAGUGUUGAACUAUGAACAAAAUAUCUUUAUACCCUAGAAUUCUUGAUCAUUGUAUAUCUACAAUCAAUUGGAUUUUAGUUACAUAACUUAAAAACAUGAUCAGUGAAAUUACGACAUGGGUAGCUACCCAAGUAAGUGUUGAACGAAA